AUGCCCUCCGCCAUCGUCUCCACCAUCGCUAAGUACGCGGCCUUAGGCUUCCUUGUGUCCACCUACAAGACGCUCCCGUUCGCCUAUCUUGUGCGGUUCUACUACCACGUCAUCCACCUCUUCAGCCACUAUCCCAGCUUCAAGAGAAACAAUCGUACCAACACCUUCGGGUUCACCACCCCUUCGACGCUCUUCAAAUGGGUGGGCAUCGACUCCUACGUGUCGCCUUUGGAGGUCGACAUGAACAUCCACAAAAGCAACUCCUCGUAUUUCCUUGAUUUGGAUAUCGCCAGAACCAAGUUGGUCAGCCAAGUGUUUGAGAAGUUCCUCUUCAACUAUUAUGAUAAUGUCCAUGGCGAGUUCAAGUCCUCGGGAAUCGGCAACAUCCCUUACAUCCCUCCUGCAACCGUCAAGUGCACUUUCAGAAGAGAGUUGAAGCCUUUCCAAAGGUUCAGAAUCGAAAGCAAGGUGUUCGCAUGGGACAGAAAAUGGUUGUUUGUGUUGUCCAAAUUCGUCAGUGGAAAGGACGGCCAAAAACUCCACACCGUUGCUGUCACCAAGUACGUGUUCAAGAAGGGCAGAAUCACCAUUCCUCCUGAACAAAUCAUCAAGGAGUGUGGAUUGUGGAGUGAAGACGCCCAGAAGGAGAACGAAGCAAACUACAAGUUAGUGCAGCACUUGAGUGACACUGACGAGAUCGAGAAGCUUUUAUGA